UCGAGCAGUAACAAUAAUAUAUUCUCUGCACUGUAGUUUAAGCCACGGAUUACUAUAGAUUCAACUAUGGCACGUGCAAAUUUGUGAUAGUGAUUUUAUAGAUUAAGUUAUAGUUUUUGUAAAAUAUCGUUUACGUGACAUCAGUACCGAAACAUAAGUGCAAUUUUUCACCGGCCUCAUUAAGGAUAACCCAUCAAGCAGAUAUAAUCGAAAUGGAUAAAGUGGUUAAUUUUAUACUAGUCGCGACCCUGGCUCUAACUAUCACUUUUGUUUGUGGUAACAAUGACGAAAAUCCGCUCAAAGACAUAGUUGGAUAUCGCCAAUGGAAACCACUAAUCAAAUGGCGCCAGCAACCAUAUUCGCAUGGCACUGUAGAUGAAGCUAACGAUUAUCCCAAUGCACUUUCGGGCUACGAUGAUACAGAUUCCAUGGGGACAGCACAGGACUUGCAAGCUAUCGAUUUCAAGUCCAAACGUUCUCGCUUCCGACAAACGCUUUGUGAAGCGCUGGUCAAUAUCGUUACCGUUGGCAAUGGAACCGAUGGAUACCAGUAUCGGCCCGACCAUUACGUGACCGAAUCGUGCUUGAACUCUUUCAACACCUACCAAAAUAAGUGCAUGGAAACGGGGCUAUCGUGUACCCAGAUUAGGCAGAAAAUUUUCAUCACCAGGCGGAAAAUGCCCAGCGAGGAUGCCAAAGCAACGAACUGCUGGGAACAUGUGAGAAUGGAGGAGAUCGAUGCGGGUUGUGAAUGCAUGUGGCCGAGGGAGCACAUCGGCGAUAAGCAUUCCUAUCGUGGUGGAAAAUAAGAGACGGUCAAGCAUACCUACUCCGCAAAACCGAAAACACGUUUAGGUUGUUGUAUAAUAGCUGAUAGGCCGGUGGCCACAACCGCUGAUAGUACGUGGAAGUAGGAUUGUUGUUAUAGGAACUAGUUUGGAGAACCAAAUAGACACAUCUCGCUUUCAUGACGAAAUAAAUCAUAAGUUGUUUUUUCAUAGCUGAAUGAAAAACAUGAUUGAUGUAUAAAAUGAGCCCUUUUAAGUAUUUAUUAUACGCGAAGCAGGUGCUUCACAACUGACACGAAUGACUGGUGAUUAUAAUAUUAUCUUGUUGAAUGGAGUAUAUCCAAAA